AACCCAACUCCCCGAAGAAGCUGAGUCUGAUCGACUCAACCUGGUUCACCUGCAUCGCACUGCGUUGCGCUCUCUCUACGCUUGAGAUUUCAGAGAGAGAGAGAGAGAGAGAACCCUAACCUAAUCCCCAAAUCCCCAAAAUUCUAGGGUUCAUCUUGCAGAUUGAGAUUGAGCGAAAAUGUCUCAGAACGGGAAAUUGAUGCCGAAUCUAGACCAGCAAAGCACCAAGGUUCUCAACCUCACUGUUCUCCAACGAAUCGACGCUUUCGUUGAGGAAAUUCUCAUCACCGCCGCACAUGUCACCUUCUACGAGUUCAACAUCGACCAAAGCCAAUGGAGUCGCAAGGACGUUGAAGGAUCGCUCUUUGUUGUUAAGAGGACUUCAAAACCGAGAUUUCAGUUUAUUGUGAUGAACCGUCGCAAUACCGAAAAUUUGGUGGAGAAUCUCCUGGAGGAUUUCGAGUAUGAAGUUCAGGUUCCGUAUCUCCUGUAUAGAAAUGCAGCUCAAGAAGUGAAUGGCAUCUGGUUCUAUAAUCCACGUGAAUGUGAAGAGGUUGCAAAUCUUUUUAGCAGGAUCCUUAAUACAUUUGCCAAGGUGCCUCCAAAGUCAAAGUUAUCCUCUACAAAGAGUGAGUUUGAGGAACUAGAAGCCGUGCCAACCAUGGCAGUUAUGGAUGGUCCCCUUGAGCCAUCAUCAUCUACUGCUUCCAAUGUGGCUGAUGUUGCUGAUGAUCCAUCCUUUGUAAAUUUCUUCAGUGCAGCUUUGGGUAUUGGGAAUACUUCAAAUGCUCCAAUUACUGGACAACCUUAUCAGUCUUCUGCUACAAUACCUACGCCUCUUGUGCCAGCUCAUGCUGCUACACCCACUUUGCCAACCUUGCAGAUACCCUCUCUUUCAGCAUCUACACCUCUAAUUCCUCAGCAUGAUGCUUCUGAGUCCUUCAGCAGCAGCAGCCGAACCACAAAGCUUGUGAACCCUUCUUCUUUUGUUGUCCCUCCCCCAACUUCAUCACCAGUCAUCAUUCCCCUGGUAUCCUCAUCUACACCUACUGCUCCUCCACUUCAUCCUGCUGCUAGCCAUCCGCGCCUGUAUGGUGCAGGCGAUCGACUGCUACAACCAUUUCCACCUCCAACUCCACCACCUUCACUUACGCCCACUUCUGCCCCCCUUCAAAACUAUGGUCCAGUUAUUUCUAGAGAAAAGGUCCGAGAUGCUCUUCUGGUGCUUGUUCAGGACAAUCAAUUCAUUGAUAUGGUUUAUAGAGCGCUGCUGAAUACUCAUCAAUAAUGACUUUCAAGAGGUGUUUAAUUAUCAACUCCCAGGAAGUACUGUUUUUUGGCUGAAUUACAUUUACUAUAUUUAGGCCAGGCUUUAAUCAUGUCAUGAACUUUAAACUGUCGUUCAUUGUCAGUUUGUAUAAUUGGUUGUGCAUUGUGAUGACCGUUUUGAUCUUUGCCAAUUUCCUGAAUGUCACCGUUUUUUUGCAAAUAAACUACCAUUCUUCAACUGUAAUCCUGACAUGACCAGGAAAUGGUGAAGGUCCCGGUGAUGGUUAGAGCAAUAUGGAACUGAUUUUGCAAAUUGUUAUUGACAAACAGAUCUCCAGACUAUAGGGGUGGUAAGGUUGUUGUUGAGGGCCUUUGUUUAUUGUGUAUUUUAUGAAAUUGUCAUAUGUUAAGACCGAGUUUGCAUAGCACCAUCUGUCUGUUUCAAUGAACAUGGACUGCAUAAUGCAAGUAUAUAAUUAGCCUUAUUUUUUGAUGAA